CCAAAACCUGGGCCUCGGUAGUGAGCGCUACACGACGCAGACACUGCAGGAACCAAGACUCUCAAGGUUUGCUGUAGCGCAGAUUCGAUUCUCGGCACCUUCGUAAUAUCCCCACCACACUGAGAUUUCUCUUUAACAUUGCUACGUUUCAUCCCCUUGAGCUGCAACAACCUCAGACUUCCCCAGGUUGCGACCAUGUCGAACUCGUUCAGCGUGGCCGGCAAGACAGCCAUCGUCACUGGGGCAGGGUCUGGGAUAAAUUUUUCGUUUGCAGCACUUCUGCUCUCCCGGGGCUGCAAUGUCGUCUUGGCCGACCUUGCCCUGCGGCCAGAAGCCGAGGCCCUCGUAGCUCAACACAGCGACGCCGGAAGCACGCCCCGAGCCGUGUUUGUGAGAACCGACGUCACAUCUUGGCCUGCGCUGACAAACAUGUUCACUGCCACUUUUGCAGAGUUCGGGGACGUCGACAUCGUCUGCCCCGGAGCUGGUGUGUAUGAGCCUCACUGGUCCAACUUCUGGCACCCGCCAGGCUCUCCCGAGGCCAAAGACGCCAUUGACGGAGAGCCGGGCCACUACGCCCUCCUGGACAUCAAUCUGAACCAUCCGAUUCGCGUGACGCAGCUCGCUUUAUCUCACUGGCUGCAUCCGCCACCAGGAAAAGUCGCGGUUUCCCCGUCCAAUCCGAAGAGGAUUGUGCAUAUUUCGUCCGUGGCUGGAUACGUGCCCAACCUCAACGCCCCCAUCUAUGGAGCAUCCAAGUUUGCUAUCACUGGGUUCGUCAGGAGCCUUGCAGCCCUAGACGACAAGCAUGGAGUUCGAGUGAACGCUGUUGCUCCAGGGGUCGUCCGUACGCCAUUAUGGCUGGAACACCCAGAAAAAAUGGCUUAUCUUGAGACAGAGGACGGAUGGGUCACCCCGGAUGAGGUUGCGGCGGCGAUGCUCCAAUGCGUGGAAAACAGCGAGCUAGUCGGUGGCACUAUCUUUGAGGUCGGGAAGGACAACACACGCUGCGUACAAACUUUCAAUGAUCCAGGCCCGGACCGGGAUCCAAAGAAUGGCCUGAUCACGAGGAAUUCGAAAAAUGGGUUCGACAUGGUGUGGGCAUGGCUCAAGGACAAGACCAUCUGGGGACCGCAUUAA